CGAACAGUCAACGACAUUCUGAUACGACCAACGUAACGGAGAACAGUUCAAAGUAAAUCAAGGAUGAAUAUCUUAGGAUCAUGUAUAAACCUUUUAAUCUUUCAUCUCAUAUCGAUCGAGGCAAUCGGUGUUGGCCAAGCAUGGCGUGUAUCGCCAUAUUCAAAGACCGAUUAUUCAUUGGAACAUCCAUCUUGGCCUCGAUUGGAUUCAUCAGCUUUCGAAGUACGCACUGUCAGUGGUGUAGGUCGUUUUGUACCUUUCAAUGAUUUACGAAACUUUCAUAAUGAUCAAAUAAUUGAAAAAAUUGACAACAUUGAACCAAAUUCAUUGAUAGAACAAGAAAAUAUCGAACGUGAUUCCAGAGAAAUGUCACAGUUUGAAGACAUUGUAACAAAGAAAAGUAAAAAUGUUAGAAAAGAUUUAUCGUUCGAUCAAAAGAUGACAGAAGACACUGUUACCACCUAUCCUCAAAAAAUAUUUCGUACAAAAGUUUCCAUGAGAGUAUUUCCGAUCGAUAAUUGGGAUAAAUCAUUAAAUAUCAAUGAAAAAUUAGAUAAAAUUAAAGAAACGAAUAAUCAUCGUGUAAGACGUGAAACAGAAAAUGAUACCAACAUGGAAAGAAUAGGUACAAUGUUGACCCUACGUGAGGCAAGAUUAGCUUCACCGGAAACUUGGUCGAAACAACCGUUGUCUGUUGAAUUUCGUCAUCGUUCGAACUUCGAGCAACCAUCAUCAAUUCGUGAUUCAAACAAUGACGAGGAUGAUACAUCGAUCGGUAUAAGAAAUUAUCAAAGUCCACGAGCCGAUUUUGUAACGAGUCAUUAUCAUCGUCGUGUUUAUCCGGACAAUCGGGAAUCACGUGAUACGUUUGUAUCUAAAACCUUCGAUGAUAUUGAUCUACCAUGGUACAGAAAUAUGAUCAGAGAAAGGGAUUAUGAUUUACCAUCAAUACCGCGUCGUAGUUAUUCCGAAUAUUAUCGAAAUUAUCCUGAAAGAAAUUAUAGAAUGGAAAGGGAUUAUUACAUGCGUAUACCAAACAACGAACAUUCUUAUUAUUACGAUCGUUACAGGGACGAGGAUCUUGAUCUUUAUGGUAGAAGCAGACCAACACCUAAACCUAAACGAAUAAUUUAUUAUGCAACAUUACCGGAAAUCGUAAGGAAGCCUGUUGAUCUUAGAAAUUAUCCUAAAACACCAUACGACGGUGGUUUAACCAGGACAACUGUAACACGUGGUGGAACUUUUGAACGUGUACCCGGUAAUGUUGAUCCUAGCAGGUAUCGUUAUCGACAUCUCUACGAUGGCUAUGAUUCUUAUUCUAAAAGAUCGAGCUUUUACGAUCGUCCUUACGUUGGAUACAGGGACGACGAGGAUCGUAGAAAAGGAUCAAUCAAGGAGAACUUAAAUGAUCAUGAUUCUGGAUUCGAGGCUAGUAAUGACAGGAAUGUGGUCAAUCAAAUUCAAAAUAGAGACGAUGGGAAUAAAUUACCAUGGCCUGUACAAAUUGGUACCGAAGUUAGUGUCAAGGACGAUGACAGGAUUCAUGGGAGAAAGAUUUUUGGCGAUACGAUAGGUUUCGAAAGAUUGCAAAAUUCACCGGAACAUACUUCGACCAAUGAAACUACUGAAAAAAAUAUUAAUUAGAAAUUUUUAGUUUUUCUUUUUUUUAGCUCACUUAAAUUGUGAAAU